AUGGCACCCAUUGCUAUAUCUCCCGAGCGGGACGGUCAGCUGGACUCGCUGGAGGAUCUGACUGCCAAGUUCGACGACACAAUCCGCUUCUAUCUCAACGGGACCAAAGUCGUUCUCGACGACAUCGAUCCCGAGAUCACAGUUCUCGAGUACCUGAGAGGCAUUGGCCUGACUGGAACCAAACUCGGCUGUGGCGAGGGUGGGUGUGGUGCCUGCACCAUUGUUGUAAGCCAGUAUAACCCAACAACGAAACAAAUCUAUCACGCCAGUGUCAACGCCUGUCUGGCACCUCUUGUAAGUCUUGAUGGCAAACAUGUCGUCACCAUUGAAGGGAUCGGCAGCACCAAGAAUCCGCAUCCCACGCAAGAGCGGGUGGCGAAGUCACAUGGAAGCCAGUGCGGUUUCUGCACCCCGGGUAUUGUCAUGAGUCUGUAUGCUUUGUUGCGGAAUAAUGCCAACCCCACUCAACAUGAGAUGGAAGAAGCUUUCGACGGCAACCUGUGUCGGUGCACAGGGUACAGGUCUAUUCUCGACGCGGCUCACACCUUUAGCAUCGAGAACUCAUGCGGCAAAGCCAAGACUAACGGCGGCGGAGGCUGUUGCAUGGAGAAUGGCAAUGGCAAGCCCGAGGGAGGCUGCUGCAUGGAUAAAAUGAACAAUGACCAGCCUAUCAAAAGAUUCACUCCUCCAGGGUUUAUCGAGUAUAACCCUGAUACCGAGCUCAUCUUCCCCCCCGCUCUGAAGAAGCACCAGCUACGGCCCCUCGCUUUCGGCAAUAAGCGAAAGAAGUGGUUCCGGCCUGUCACCCUGGAUCAGCUUCUUCAGAUCAAAAGUGUGCAUCCCCAGGCCAAGAUUAUUGGCGGAAGCACCGAGACUCAGAUCGAAAUCAAGUUCAAGGCGCUGCAGUACCCCGUGUCGGUCUAUGUCGGUGACAUUGCCGAGUUGCGGCAGUACGAGUUCACGGAGGAUCACCUCGAAAUUGGCGGCAACGUAACUUUGACAGAUUUUGAGCACAUCUGCGAGGAAGCCAUCAAACGUUAUGGAAAUGAAAGGUCGCAGGUGUUCCAAGGGAUCCUCAAGCAAUUGAAAUACUUUGCUGGAAGGCAAAUCAGAAACGUCGGGACUCCUGCCGGUAACCUGGUCACCGCUUCACCCAUAUCUGACCUGAACCCGGCCUUGUGGGGUGCCAAUGCCGUUUUGGUGGCAAAGUCUGCGACGCAGGAGACGGAGAUCCCCUUGUCACAGUUCUUCACAGGGUACCGAAGAACGGCGCUCGCCCAAGAUGCCAUCAUUGCAUCGCUCAGGAUUCCCGUUACGGCGGCCAAGGGAGAAUUCUAUCGAGCUUAUAAGCAAGCGAAGAGAAAGGAUGACGACAUUGCCAUUGUGACCGCGGCACUCAGGGUGAAACUGGACGAUGCUGGUGUUGUUACAGACUGUAACCUCAUUUAUGGCGGCAUGGCUGCCAUGACGGUCUCAGCAAAGACUGCGGCAGAGUACCUAGUUGGCAAGCGCCUCGCCGAGCUGGAGACACUUGAAGGUACCAUGAGUGCUCUCGGAAAAGACUUUGACCUCCAGUUCAGCGUCCCUGGCGGUAUGGCAUCUUACCGAAAAGCGCUGGCCCUUGGCUUCUUCUAUCGCUUCUACCACGAUGUCCUUACCAUCCUUAAUGGGGAAAGCGAGCACGUUGACAAGGAGGCUAUUGAUGAAAUCGAACGAUCCAUUUCAACCGGCCAGACCGAUCCGUACACGGCUGCCGCAUACGAACAGGAGAUCACGGGCAAAUCGAAUCCUCAUGUUGCUGCAUUAAAGCAGACAACCGGUGAGGCCCAGUACACGGAUGAUAUUCCUCCUAUGAAGAACGAAUUGUACGGGUGUUGGGUAUUGUCAACCAGGGCACAUGCAAAGAUCAUAUCAAUCGACUAUUCCGCCGCACUCGACAUGCCCGGCGUAGUUGACUAUGUCGAUAGCGGAGACAUGCCUUCCCAAGCAGCCAACCGAUUUGGACCGCCCAAUUUCGAUGAACUAUUCUUCGCCGAGGGUGAAGUACUCACAGCUGGCCAGGCCAUCGCCAUGAUCCUUGCCACAUCGGCUUCCAAGGCCCAGGAAGCGGCCAGAGCUGUCAAGGUGGAAUACGAAGAUUUGCCAGCAGUCCUGACGAUCGAAGAAGCCAUCCAGCAAGAUAGCUUCCAUCCUUGCUAUCGUGAGAUCAAGACUGGAGACUCUGAAGAAGCUUUCAAAAACUGCGACCAUGUCUUCACAGGUACCGCACGAAUGGGUGGCCAAGAGCACUUUUAUCUUGAAACCAACGCAUGUGUCGUCGUUCCCAGUCCAGAAGACGGAGCAAUGGAGAUUUUUGCCAGCACACAGAAUCCAACUGAGACACAAACAUUUGCCGCUCGUGUCUGCAAUGUACCGGCAAAUAAAGUUGUCGUCCGUGUCAAGAGAUUGGGAGGCGGCUUUGGUGGCAAGGAGACCCGAUCCAUCAUCCUCAGCUCAGCCGUAGCUCUCGCGGCUAAGAAGGUCAAGAGGCCAGUCCGCUGCAUGUUGACACGCGAGGAAGACAUGCUCACCAUGGGGCAAAGACAUCCUUUCCUCGGAAAGUACAAGAUUGGUUUCAACAAGGAUGGAAAGAUUCAGGCUCUAGAUGUCGACAUCUUCAACAAUGCCGGUUGGACUUUUGAUCUCAGCACGGCAGUGCUUGAACGAGCAAUAACGCACGUCGAUGGAUGCUACCGCAUUCCCAAUACACACAUCCGCGGCCGCGUUUGCAAGACCAACACCGUCUCCAACACAGCGUUCCGCGGCUUCGGCGGCCCUCAGGGCAUGUUCAUCAUUGAGACUUGUAUGGAAGAGGCCGCGGACCGCUUGGGCAUUCCCAUCGACAAGUUACGGGAAAUCAACUUUUACAAGCCCCUCGAGCCAACACACUUCAACCAGCCCGUUACGGAUUGGCAUGUUCCACUCAUGUACAAGCAAGUACAGGAGGAGAGCAACUACCAAGAGCGCAAGGCUGCCAUCUCUCGGUUCAACGAGACUCACAAGUGGCGCAAGAGGGGAAUAUCCCUGAUUCCCACCAAGUUUGGAAUUUCGUUCACGGCUCUCUUCCUCAACCAGGCGGGAGCGCUGGUACACAUCUACCACGAUGGUUCUAUCUUGGUAGCUCAUGGAGGUACGGAGAUGGGCCAAGGACUUCACACCAAGAUGACCCAGAUUGCCGCACAAGCUCUCAAGGUUCCUCUGGAUAACGUCUUCAUCUCGGAGACUGCCACCAACACAGUCGCCAAUACCUCAUCGACGGCAGCGUCAGCGUCCUCCGACCUUAACGGGUAUGCGAUUUUCAACGCCUGCGAACAGCUCAACGAACGGCUGGCUCCUUACCGAGAGAAGCUCGGCCCACAAGCAACGAUGGAGGAGCUGGCCCAUGCAGCCUAUUUCGAUCGCGUCAAUCUGUCCGCCCAGGGCUUCUACAAGACUCCAGAGAUUGGGUACACCUGGGGUGAGAAUAAGGGAAAGAUGUACUUUUAUUUCACACAGGGAGUUGCUGCCGCAGAGGUUGAAAUUGAUGUUCUGACCGGCUCGUCGACCUGCCUCCGAGCAGACAUCAAGAUGGAUAUCGGCCAGUCCAUCAACCCAGCAAUCGACUAUGGCCAAAUCCAGGGUGCGUUUAUGCAAGGUUUUGGACUCUUCACCAUGGAAGAGUCGCUGUGGUUACGAAACGGCCCAAUGGCUGGCAACCUAUUCACUCGCGGACCUGGAGCGUAUAAGAUUCCUGGCUUCCGUGACAUUCCUCAGGAGUUCAACGUGACGCUCCUCAAGGACGUUGAGUGGAAGGAUUUGCGUACGAUUCAGCGCAGCAGAGGUGUCGGCGAGCCUCCGCUCUUCAUGGGCAGCUCCGUCUUCUUUGCCAUCCGACAUGCACUCAAGGCGGCGAGGAAGGACGCUGGCGUCGAAGCCAAGGUUGGGGAGGAUGACAGCGAGGGCCUCCUUAGGCUGGAGAGCCCAGCAACGCCUGAGAGGAUCAGGUUGAUGUGCGAAGAUGAAAUCAUGAGAAAGGCCCGAGUGGUUCCCAAGGAGGGCGAGAAGAGCUUCUUUGUGGCUAUAUGA